AUGAGACUCCUUCAUUUCAACGCGCUGGGAAAGCCCGUCUUAACAGAUUUCUACGGCAAGACAAUUCCGCCUUACGCCAUUCUGUCGCACAGAUGGACCGAUUCUGAAGUUUUGAUUGAGAACAUAAGAGACGGAACCUACGGCACGAAGGAACAAGGCAAUCGAAAGCUUGAAUUUUGUGCCCACAAAGCAGCGCAUGACGAUUUGCAGUACUUCUGGAUCGAUACAUGUUGUAUCAACAGGUGGAAUAACAAAGAACGCUCAAAUGCGAUCAACUCGAUGUUUGAGUGGUACAAACGCGCGACACGGUGCUACGUCUUCUUAUUAGACGUGUCAGUGUCGGCUACAACAGAGCCAGUCCAGCGCAGCGACUGGGAAGCAUUACUUCGGAGAAGCGAAUGGUUUACCAGGGGAUGGACACUCCAAGAACUAAUUGCACCAGUGUCAGUCGAGUUCUUCUCGGUUGAAGGACACCGCAUAGGCGAUAAAGCAUCACUUAGCCAGUUACUGCACGAUAUAACUGGCAUCCCGCUCUCGGCACUACACAACGAUCCUUUGGAUGAAUUCAGUAUAUCUGAGCGAAGAAGAUGGGUCGACGGCCGCAAAACAAAGGAGGAGGAAGAUAUCGUGUACUGCCUGUUUGGGAUUCUUGGUGUCUCUAUGCCUACCGCGUAUGGCGAAGGAAAGGAGAGUGCAGUAAUUAGACUGCAGACUGAACUAGAAGAAGCUAGUGAUGUACCAUCGAUUAUUCCGUUCGCCCAAAACCCUCGAUUUGUCGGCCGAGAGGAACAGCUCGCUGAGCUAGAAGCAAAGCUCUUCACCAACGAACAAACUACCACUACUGCAAUAGCGAUUGUUGGACCUGGGGGAACGGGCAAGUCUCAGCUUGCACUUGAGAUUGCACACAGAAUGAAGCGAAACAGCAAGAGCUGCUCAGUUUUCUGGAUGAACGCGACCGAUAAAGAUAGUCUCUACCACUCAUACGCAAGGGUUGCGCAGAAACUCAAUAUCACUGGGUGGGACGAUGCUCAGGUCGACAUGAAGAAACUUGCAAAACGCUGCGUGGAAGAUAUCAGUACACGGCAGUGUUUGCUGAUUUUCGACAACAUCGAAAAAACCGCUCUGCUAUCUAGCGAGUUGUCCACAACAGAAGCCCCAAACCCAGUGGCCGACUUUCUUCCACAGGGCAAGCUGUGCUCCAUUCUCUUUACUACCACAGACAGCGACACAGCUCAAGCUCUCGCUCCACAAAACCUCAUAGAAAUGCGAGCAUUGACACCCGAUGCCGCGUUGAGGAUGUUGCAGAUCCGCUUAGCAAGGCCACUCUCGACCACUGAACAAGAGGUAGCUCAAUGUUUGCUAAGAGAACUGUCAUAUCUCCCUCUAGCAAUCAUUCAAGCAAUAGCCUGUAUAAAUGCGAGCGGGAUGACAUUGCAGGAGUACCGACUACAACUAGACGGUUUCAAAGGUCCCGCUCUCGAAGAUAGUGAUGACUCUUCUAAGGGUGAGCUGCAGGAAUCUAACAGGAGAGAUCCUAUUGCUGCUACGCUAUAUCUUUCCGUCAGCCAACUUUUCCAUAGGCAUGAGCUAGCUGCACAAUAUCUGUGUGUCGCUGCAUGUUUAGACCGGAAAGAUAUUUCACUUGAUAUCCUAGAGGCAAAUCCAACACGAAGAAGAGAAGAUGCAAUCAGGAUACUAGACAAGUAUGCGCUCAUCAUCAGACGACCUGCUGAUUCUGCGCUGGAUCUUCAUCGACCAGUCCAUCAAGCUCUACGCAACCUGCUGCAAAGGGAAGAAAAGCUUGAAGAGUGCAUUAAAGUCGCUAUUGCAAAACUACUUCUUGUAUUUCCAAACGGUGACUACAUAAACAGAAGUAAAUGGAGACGAUUACUUCCGCAUACUCAGAGCGCUCUAUCACAUAUUUGGACAGAUGUUGAUGAAAAAAAUAGACUGCUUCUCGCAGAGAGAUGUGCUACGACUCUACGUAUUGACAGAAGAUAUAGGGAGGCAGAAAAGCUACAAGCUCAAGUGGUAGAGGCGAGGAGAUUGCUUGGAGAAGAGCAUCUUGACACCCUGAGGGCUAUGAACGACCUAUCUUGGACGUACAAGAAACAAGGGCGAUUGAUAGAGGCAGAAGAACUAGCGGUAAAAGCGAUGCAUACGGCAAGAAGAAUUUAUAGUAACGAGCAUCCUAAUGCGCUAGCUAUCACACAUAAUCUAGCGUUGGCACACUUCACUCAGGGUCGGUAUAAAGAGGAAGAGAGGCUACAAGUUCAGGUACUUAAGGCGAAUAAGAAAGUGUAUGGCAAAGAGCAUCCCGAUACGCUAAAAACCAUGAGCACCCUAGCGGGAACAUACCAUUGUCAAGGGCGAUGGGCAGAAGCAGAAGAGCUAGAAGUACAAGUGAUGCAUGCGUCUAGAAGAGUUCUCGGCAACGCAGACUAUGAUACGCUAGUUAUCACACAUAAUCUAGCGUUAACACUCUCUAGACAAGGACGGUUUAAAGAGGCAGAAGAGCUACAAUUGCAAGUCCUGCAGGAGAGAAAGAGAGAGCUGAGUGAUGAACACCCUGAUACGCUAAUCAGCAUGCAUAAUCAUGCCGUCACGCUGCAUUCAACAGCUCGUUGCAAGGAGGCGUGUGCGCUCAUGGAAAAAUGCUACCAAUCGUCUCGAAAGGUCCUUGGUGAACAACACGAUUUCACACAAUCUUCGUCUGCUUGGCUUCGUCACUGGCGGGAAAAAAGACUGUAA